AUGAAGAAUUUUUCACGGAUUGUUAGGCUUCCAUUUCAAAAUCUGGAUUUAAUAGAACGGAUUGUUCUAAUUUUACGUACUAUUAGUGGGCUUAUGGUACUUAUAAUGUGCAUUAUAUCAACAUUGGGAUGUUUUUUUUUGCCCUUGCCACUUUAUAUGGGGAAGUUUGUAACUUCAAGUAACGAUAUUGCAGCUGGAUUGUUCAAUACGCUUGACAAUAACUUUAGAAAUGCGGACUUCUACGAUGGUCAUGAACUUUCAACAUCAGAGAUUGUAAUUUUAACGCAAUAUGCCUCCUCUAAAGUGUCCAAGGUUCCGAAAUUCAUAACUAAUGGUGUUUAUGGGUGCUGUGAGGUUAACUUUGACGAUCGAGAUUUCAAUAAAAAAGGUGUAUGGAAUACCACAACUUUAAAUUGCAUUGAGGGAGGUCCAUCAUUUAUUUUUGACUACAGGCAUAUGCUAAGCAAGUUUGGUCUAGGUAUCGUAUUAAACUGGGCUUAUGCUGAGGAAAUGAAAGCUUUUGACGAUGCCUCGCCCGCGACAGGGACGUCAGGUCUUGUAGAUCACGAUCAAAAUCCUUUCUCGCUUAUACCAAGUUAUGGGAAAUAUUUGUCCAAGACAAAACGACUAAAAGCUAAUAUGAUAUACAUGAUUUAUGCAGUAACUAUAAUACAGCUAUUAAUGUUGGUGGGCUUGUUUUGGUACUACUCCAUGAAAACCGGUCUAAAACGUACUAGGAAGACAAGUAUAGCGGUGCAUCUCCUUUCCCUGGGAAGUGUAGUUGUUUUCGUUUGCUCUGUGACUGCGACUGUUAACCUAAUGAAGACACAACUAAAGUUAAGGAAUAUCAUUCACAAUGAGCUAGGAAAUUUCGGAUUUGGUUAUGAAAUAGGAAGCAGAUGGUUUACUUGCCUAUUAUUGAUGUCUUGUUUUUCAUUUAUAUCCUGCCUAGUUUGGUCAGGAUUAGAGUGGUGCAUCGUGGAUUCUGGUGAGUCGCACACGAACUCCUACACGGUGAGUAAGGAAUACCAAGGUACGUCUGCAAUGCAGAAUCCUUUUUCUCAAAACGAGAGUGACUCUGUAAUAAAAGACGCGAAAUUCAUUCCAUGA